AGCGCCAAGCGGCGCAUGCUCCAGCGACUUGUGUGGUGUAUGUGUAUGAUCGCAGUACUUCUCGUAGAGAGUGUGAACUUAGUCAAGACUACUCGCUUUCCGUGUGUGAACCAUGUCGCAGCCCACGACGCUCGGUACCUCGUUUUGUAACAUGGAAGAUAUAUUAUCGUUCAAUAAGAAUAUUCAGCAGUUUCGCGGGGACGGCAAGGCGGUCGGAGCUCCCGUCAACGUGGCCACGAUGAACAACCAGAACUUCAUGAACCAUCCGUUGUGGCAGGCCCACACUCAGCUGCGUCGCACUGUCAGUGUCAACUCGACCUGCCCAACAACGAAGAACGACAAUUUCGGACUGGCCAUCAACAUCAACAACAACAACAACAACAACAACAUCAUCAGCCAGCAGAGCUUUCCAUCGCAGAUCUCAGCCAUGCAGCAUCAGAUGUCGGCGCUGUCGCCCACGGACCUGCAGGCGAACGACUUCCACAUGAAGCUGGAGCACAGCAUGAGCGACCCCGGUGAUCGCGGUAGCAAGUCGCAGACCAACUCGAGCCGCUACAAGACGGAGAUGUGCCGUCCGUUCGAGGAGAACGGCACGUGCAAGUACGGCGACAAGUGCCAGUUCGCUCACGGCCAGCACGAGCUGCGCAACCUCUCUCGCCAUCCCAAGUACAAGACGGAGCUCUGCCGCACGUUCCACACGAUCGGCUUCUGCCCCUACGGGCCGCGUUGCCACUUCAUCCACAACCCGGACGAGAUGCGGUCGCCGCCGCCUUCCCCCGUCGGCGUCCCUCCGGCGCAGCGCGGGCCGCCGAUGCAGCAGCGCGCCGCUCGUGUCUCGAGGGCGCCUGCGUUCAGCGUCGGCGGUUCCCUCGCGGACUCUCCGACGUCCAGCCUCAGCACGAGUCCAGUCUCCUCGAGUCCGACGCUGUUCGAGGAAGAUCCGUUCUCGAUGUUCUCUCCCGCGGUGUUCACGGCCGCCCGCGCCUUCACAUUCCCCGACGCCGCCGCUGUGGCUGCGCCUCUCCCUCCGCCGCCGCAGGUGACGUACGGAGGCGGCGCUCCUCCCCUGCCGCCGCGCCGCGUCCACCCGCAGCCGCAGCGGCGGUUCGUCAACGACGACGUCUUCCUCGACUUGUUGUCCGACAACGAACCUCCGUCGCCGACGCGCUCGCUCUCUGACCGUGAUAGUCCGAUCAACUCUCCGCUCGACGUCAGUCGCGGUCUCCGUCUUCCAAUCUUCAGUCGUCUGUCGAUCAACGAUGAGUAGCGCGUUGCCACGGCGACCGAGGGGCGGGUCGACGACGACGACGCCGCACAUGUGCCUUGAAAUUGAACGUUCAGUAAAGACUCACAAAAAAACUGUGGAUAAUUGUGGUAACUUAUCGAGUAUUUAAUAAUUCCCUGUUUAAAUAAUAUUUUUUUGCCCAUUUUGUAUUGUAUCAAAAUGUCUGUACAUGAGUAUUUAUUUUAAGACUCACAUAGGUUACAACGUAUUUGUAGAUGUUCGCUGACCAGAGUGUUGGCUUUGCUGCCACCCUCGCAAUAGUUGUGUAUAAAGUUCAUACUUGUAAGCCAUAAAGCAAGCGGAAGAGAGUUGUGUGAUUGGCCUUUUUCCCCUUCGUUCAGAUUCACUUUUUUUGCACAGUAAACGUUGAUUGUGGAGAGAGAGGUGCGAGAAUUCUCCUUAUUUGGCAAUGCCAGCCAACUCAUACGAAAGACAUUCCUGAUAUAUGGUAACGAACAACGCGUUUUGCCGAUACAUUGUCAUAGACAGAUUUGUUUAGUCAUCGUUUAAAGGUAGCUGCAUUUGAGAAGUCUGGCCUGUGAAAUCAUGUUUUUACCACAGUACUUGUCAUAGUCAGAUCAAAUAUGCAAUAUUAGGGUGGACCAACGGCACACAAUACGCUUAUGCGUGACUUUUUAGUUAGCCUACUUAACUUAAAAACACAUCUGUAUUUAUUUUAUCAUUAUAAACUGUGCAUUUUGGCUUGUAUUUAUCGGGUUCUGUGUAUACAUAAUUACAGUGAAUAGAUUAUAUUAUAUACUUUUAUAAAUUAUAAUUUGUUAAAAAUCACCAAAGAGUUUUAAUUUGAUGUGCCGUGAAAGUAACAUUGAGUGAAAGGGCAAGUGUAGGUAUAUGCUGUGCCCACAUUAUCAUUUUGUACAUUAUCAUAUUGUAAAUUUAUGGCAAGCAGUUUGUGUGUAGACUAUUUCUAAAUGAAAAUACAGUAUUUGGAAUUUUAACUGACA